AUGGCUCCAGAUCCACAAAACAUCAUCAGAUUGCAAAAGCUCUACCAGAACUCUCCAAAGCCAAUGUGGUUGAAGCACCCAAGAUCUAAGUUCUACAUUUACCCAUACGUCGCCAUGUUCGCCGUCGGUGUCACCGUUCCUUUCUACUACUACGGUAGAGCCGUCUUGGGUAUUAAGGCCGACAAAUAG